UGUCAAAAUUGCAGCAUUACAUUGUUUACAUGGGAGAACACUCUCAUCCCACUUCAGAAUCUGUCGUCAAAGCUAACCGUCAUAUUCUUGCUUCAGUAACCGGAAGUUUCGAAGAAGCGAAAAGUGUAGCACUUCACCAUUAUACUAAAAACUUUAGAGGCUUUUCAGCUAUGCUUACACAAAAGCAAGCUCAGGAACUUGCAGAAAGCGAUUCAGUGGUUUCUGUGUUUGAGAGUAGGAUGAAUCAAAUCCAUACAACACAUUCUUGGGAAUUUCUUGGAGUGGACUCUUUAUAUGAACAUAAUAACCAACUGCCUAAGACCUCUCUGACAUCGAACAUUAUUGUCGGUGUCAUCGACACCGGAGUUUGGCCUGAGUCUGAGAGUUUCAGUGACAGAGGCCUAGGAUCUGUUCCCAUGAAAUUCAAGGGAACAUGUGUUGCUGGUGAAAAUUUUACAUUGGCUAAUUGCAACCGAAAAAUCGUCGGAGCACGAUACUAUUCCAAAGGAUUUGAAGCAGAAAGCGGAAAUCUUGAAGCUUUUGGAGGAACUUUCUUCCGAUCAGCUCGAGACAGCGACGGCCACGGAACACACACUGCAUCAACUAUAGGAGGAAACAUGGUCCCUAACGCUAGCCUAUCAGGCAUGGCGAUCGGAACGGCAAAAGGCGGUGCACCAAACGCGAGACUGGCCAUUUACAAGGCUUGCUGGUUCAAUCUAUGUAGCGAUGCUGAUGUUCUUUCAGCAAUGGAUGAUGCAAUUGAUGAUGGAGUUGAUAUUUUAUCAAUUUCUCUUGGGCCUAAUCCUCCUCAACCUGUUUAUUUUGAAAAUGCUAUUUCUAUUGGAGCUUUCCAUGGUUUCAGGAAAGGAGUGGUUGUUGCUUGCUCUGCCGGAAACUCGAUUUUUCCGGGGACUGCAACUAAUGUUGCUCCUUGGAUUCUCACUGUUGCUGCGAGUUCUCUAGAUAGACAAUUCCACUCUAAUGUUUAUCUUGGAAACUCACAAGUCCUUAAGGGUUUCUCUUUAAACCCUCUAAAGAUGGAAACUUCAUAUGGUUUAAUUGCUGGAAAUGAAGCAGCAGCACCUGGAGUUUCUGCAAUGAAUGCAAGUUUUUGCAAGAAUAAUACUCUGAACUAUAGCAAGAUUAAGGGGAAGAUUGUGGUGUGCACUAUUGAGGAAGUUAGAGAUAUUCGAUCAGAGAAGGCGUUAACUAUACAGCAAGGUGGCGGUGGCGGAAUGAUUCUGAUUGAUCAAUUGGCCAAAGAAGUUGGCUUCCAGUUUGUGAUUCCGACCACUUUAAUUGGUCAAGAAGAAGCACAACAGCUUCUUGCAUAUAUGAAGACUGACAAGUAUCCGGUUGGGAGGAUAGCUCCAACCAUAACAGUCCUGAACACUAAGCCUGCACCAAAAAUGGCUGGUUUUUCUUCCCAAGGACCAAAUAUCAUAACCCCGGAUAUCAUUAAACCUGAUAUUACAGCACCAGGUUUGAAUAUUUUGGCAGCAUGGUCUCCGCUAGCAACUGAUGUAACAGGACACAGAUCAGUCAAUUAUAACAUACUCUCUGGGACUUCAAUGUCUUGCCCACACAUUGCAGCAAUUGCUGCAAUCUUAAAAUCUUACAGACCUUCUUGGAGUCCAGCAGCAAUUAUGUCUGCAAUAAUGACAACAGCUACAGCAAUAGAUAAUACUGGAAAACUGAUUGCAAGAGAUCCUUAUAAUACAGAAGCUACACCUUUUGACUACGGGUCCGGACAUGUAAAUCCGACAGCAGCGCUGAAUCCGGGACUGAUUUACGACUUCGAUUCCUACGAUGUUAUCAAUUUUCUUUGCAGUACAGGUGCAAGCCCUGCACAAUUGAAAAACCUGACAGGACAACCAACUUAUUGCCAAAAACCUGACACUAAAUCCUAUGAUUUUAACUACCCUUCCAUUGGUGUGUCGAAAAUGCAGGGAAGCGUGUCUGUCCAUCGAACAGUCACUUAUUACGAUAAAGGACCAUCUGUUUACUCUGCUAAAAUAGAUCAUCCCAGCGGUGUUGAAGUUACAGUUACACCUGCCAUACUCAACUUUACAAAGACAGGACAAAAGAUGUCUUUCAGGAUCGACUUCACACCGAUCAAGACAAGUAACGGAAGCUUCGUAUUCGGGGCACUGACAUGGAGCAAUGGUGUUCAUAGGGUUAGGAGUCCUAUUGGACUUAAUGUUGUUUCUUUGUAGAAAACAAAGGGAUUAAUUAAGCUCAUAUUGAUGCUACAUACACAAAUCUCUGAUGGAAUCUAUAGAAAAACGAUCAAUUCCAAAUUUUACUC